AUGGUAAGACCAUGGGAGGGAGAGGCGCCUGAGGAGAACACAGGACCUGCCGGUUUGGCCGUCGGAAUAGCCUGGAGGCCGGCCACUCCCCUUACACCCACCCUUCAAAUCUUCGUUCCCUUAAAUCCUGCCUUCCCCAACGAAGCCACAGAAGCUGCAGACCUAAAACCACUUUCGAACGUGCUGACCAAUCUGGAUUCGUUAGAACAACUAAUCCCCGACUGGUUAAACUGGGACUCCAUAAGCCUAUUUGGCCUUCAAGCCUGCUGGUCUCUCCGGCUGGAAGUGGCCGGCAGUCUACUGUCGAAAAGGCCGGUCACAGAAAGAGCCAUUGCUCUGCUCCUCAUCUUCCUUCCGCCUGUUAGAGCCAUCCUAGCCGAACGUGUGGAUGGAGAAGUUCACUCGGAAUCUUCUUCUGCUACAUUUCGGCCAUUUCCGCCGGCUCGGUCGGUAAGUAUUAGCCGGACCGACUCAUCCCAGCCCGGCUUGAGCAGAUCUAAAAGUGUUGGCUAG